GAUACAAUGUUACAAUAGGGAAGAUGGAACGCACUUAGCGCAUGCGCAGAGGAGUCUAAGCUGCUGCUGCGGGCGGCCCGGGCUGUGCUGCUUGCUGCUGGACUCGGGCCUGGAAAGCUCCGGUAUUGCCGCUCUAAUCCAGGGUACCGAGGGAUCCUGAGCUGGGCCGCUCACCGCUGCAGGCCAUGGGAGCCUGGCUUCCUUCAGGCCGGGCACUGCUGCUCUAGACAGCGCGGCCUGGAGUGGGGGAUGAGCCAGUGAAGGAGGCAGAACCCGGAUCCAGCUCUAUAGGAGAGAACCACCAUGGCCCAGGAGAAAAUGGAGCUGGACCUGGAAAUCCCGGGGGCUCCGAGUGAUGGGAGUCUGAGGAGAUCAAACAGCGCUCCCCUUAUCAACGGACUGAGGUGAGAGAGAAAAGCCAGGAGAGGAAGAGUGAUGGCGUUGGGUGAGGGGGGUAAGAUUAGGACUAGAAGUGUGGCUGGAGCUAUUGGAGGAACAAGUUCUCCCAUUUCACUGUUCACUUGGUAGGAGGGUGAUUAUGUCCUUGUAUUGGCAGUGAAAUCCCAAAGUGCUGGAGCAGAUCCUCCCAUGCAUUUCCUGAUAUUUUGUAUUAAUUUAUUUUGUGAUUGUGUACUAGAUCAGUUCCUUUACAGAAAAACUGAGACUGGCAUGUUGGCUAGAUGGCUAGUUGCUGGUGACAGCCAAGGCGACUUUAAACAUGGGGUAAAACUUCUGGCCGUGUAGAGUCAAACAUUGGUGUUUAUCUUUAGGAAGUUUGUGGCGUAAACUACUGGUUGCAUAUAAGGCUGACUGGAGACACUGCUGGUAGUGCAUUGUGAAAAAAUACAUGAGUACUCCGUUAAAAAAUGGUGAUUGAUGGAUUGGAAAAUCUAUGGAUGCUAAGAGCUCUUGGGCAGCAAUACUGGGUACUGCGAGGGCCUGCAGGGUAAACCUUGUUCUGUGUGUCCUCCCAACAAUCAGCAAUGGGUGCCUACAAGUCAUGUAUAUGGGGCAUUGUUGGCAAUCAGCAUAUCAGUGAUUUUAAUUGCUUCUUACAAAUAAAACUCUGUAGAUCUUUUAACAAUUUAAAUGUUUCUCGCAAAUACAAAUUCAUGCUGUUCCUUUUAUUUACAUUUUCUGAAAUAUGACCAUUUUAUUUUACUUCUCAGCGACAAUUCACAGGUGUUUCAGCCAGAUGCUAUGAGAGCCCGCCGCAACAGUACAACUGUAGUGAAUCGUCAAUGCUUGGUAAGUCAUGCCUCAGUUGUUUACAUCUGCUGUACAUUUCCCUCAGUGGUUCAUCUUUUGUAAACAUUGGUUUUCAAUAAAAAUAUAUCCUCUUUUUGCCAACUAAUAGUGAUGUCGCGAACCGUCCGUGAACUUCUCGCGAACGAACUCCGGUCAGCUGACACAUCCCUGCCAAUCUCCAGGAGACCCUCCCACCUCCUGGACAGCAUCCAUGUUGAAGCUGCCUUCAACAUGGAUGCUGUCCAGGAAGUAGGAUGGUCUGGGAGGGAGGGUCUGCCGUAGAUUGGCAGGGAUGUGUCAGCUGACCGGAGUUCGCCGCGAACGGUUCACGACAUCACUACCAACUAAACAUUCCACAGUUGUCAAUAAGAUUUUCUUGUCUUAAAGGGGCACUCCGGACACCACAGCCACUAAAGCUUGUUGUAGUGGUUAUUUUUCAAGGACACUGUAAGUGACACACAGGACGUUACUUUUAAACUCUUUAGGAGCAGUUUGAGAAAAUCUGUGACUUUCCCAGCUCUUCACCACUUGCUCGGCUAAUAUGGAAGUAAAGUCUUGCAUUAGUCCAUCCAGUUUGGAAGGUAAUGAUAGCGUGAGAGCGCUGGGCUCGAUCUCCCCAUCAGGUCUCAAUCUGUUAUUGCCACCCAAAUUUAGGAGGACUAAUGUGGAAAUCAAAUUCAGCAUUCGCCAAAUGGCUGAGCUGUAGCUGACAGGAGAAGCCACUGUGGAGCACUGAUGGAGCAUAAAGACUUUUUAUGUCGACACAAAAUGGUCAAAAUUGACCUGUAACCUGAAAUGUUGUUCUCAUAUAUUAGUGAAAACUCAUAGCAACAGAUUGAUAUUCAAAUCUAACCAAGACAUAGUAGGUUUAACUGUAAUUACUGGUUACGAUCCUAAUAUUUUUCUGCUGUUGUAACCGAUAUUGAUGGAGUUAUUCACUAAGGUGAGAAUUAAAAGUGAAUUUCAUUUUAAAGGAACACAAUAGUGUUACGAAUACAAAGCUGUAUUCCUAACACUAUAGGAACCCUGAUCUUGCAGCCACCCCCAGCAAUGUAACUGGUCAAAACAAAAAAAGUGUAAUUGUUUUUUUUUUUUUUUUAAACUUACGUGAUUCCAGUGCAAUGUCCGUCAGGCUUCUCCAAUGUCACGAAGAAAGUCAGUCUUAAAGGGAAACUAUAGUGCCAGGAAAACAAAUUCCUUUUCCUGGCACUAUAGCUUCCCCCUAAGUCAAACACCUCCCCUACUCCAGCGUCAGUGUCCCUUAGUGCUUGCUCAGGUCCGCCUUCCCUCCUCCCCCGCCAGCUUCAGCCGGCAGGGGAGACCUAAUGCAUUAGGAUUUCCCAAUUGCUAAGCAUUUAUCAAUGCUUUCCCAUGGGGAUUCCGGUGAUGCUGGAAGUCUUCAUGCAUACCUGUAGACAGCCACUAGAGAAGGAGUUAUAAAAACUGCAAUAAUUACAUGCUCAGGGUUAAGGGUGCCAGGACUCUGCGCCCAGACCACUUCAGUGAGCCAAAGUGGUCUGGGUGCCUACAGUGUCCCUUUAACACUGCAAUGUAAACAUUGCAGUUUCUCUAAAUCUGCAAUGUUUUUGCAGGUUUAAGGGAAUAGGGACAGUGUAUCCAGACCACUUCAAUGAGCUGAAGUGGCUUGGGUGCCAAAAGUGUGCCUUUUAAGGCUAAAGUUAACUGAACUGGAAGCAUAGCCGAAUUAGAUACAUUUUUAAGUUCAUCUAUUUUAUUCUUCAAAAUGAAAUUUACUUUGAAUUCUCAUUUUAGUGAAUAAACCUGUAAGUAUCCUUGUCAAAUAAAGAGCUGCAGUGAGUGCCCUUGUCGGCAUCCAAUCAAAUACGUUUUUUUGUUUUGUUUUUUUAACUCUCAGCAGUCUGUUGGAGGGGAGGAGGGAAAUGGUUGGUUGACCUGCCUGAUGUAGCUAAAUGCCAUCUGUGUAAUAUGCAUGUCCAACGUAGGCAGUAAGAUAUAAAACCAAAACUUACCUGGGGGGCAUAUCUUUGUAUAGCUUCACUAGAAAUUCUAUACAUUUUUUAGAGAGGAAAUGUACUUUCUUUAAACCAUGGCAACUUCAAUGCUAAGUGCAGAGAGUAGCUUUCACAAGCUUUCUCUGCAUUGAGUUCCGUAGGUAAGUUUCAAUGAAGCUUUAGGAAAACUUGUAGAUGUGUCGUUAAUUGAUCAUCUAGCCUAUGUCUUGUCAACAAAUUCUAUCUAGAAUCCCAGACCCAACCAUGAUGUUUGUACGGACUAGGGAUGCACCUAAAUUUCUGUUGAAAAUGGGCCGAUCCUGUUUUGGCCAAAAACCGGUCAAAUUUGCCGAAAUAAAAAAAAAUGAAAUUACUUUUUUUGGUUUUUUUUGUUCAUAGUUUAACAGUUUAACAGUUUAACAAUUCAGAUGAUUAUAUAUCAUAUAUAUCAAUGAAAGAUAGUAAUGAUAACAUGAAAAGUCAAGAAUACCCCAUAUGGGAUGGAGGGGGGGAGGAGAACACUAUGGGACAGGGGAGGAGAACACUAUGGGGAAGGAACAUUAAGGUGGGGGGGACCACUAAAAGAGAAGGGAAGUUUUUCAUUUCGGUGCAUCCCUAAUACAGACAAAUGUUUGCCAUUUAAAUGUUUAUAGUGCUCUUGUAUCCUACAAUUUUAUCAACUCAGAAAAAACUUUGAUGGUUUGCAAACAAGCAAGGAUUUCAGAGUAAAGCAAAGGGGAAAAAUCGUUCUGGCAGCGGCUACAUUUGAAAUGUAUUUAUUUACACAUAUAUCAUUAUAUAUAUAUAUAUAGAUUAUUUUUUUUUUUUUUUUUAUAACGUGGCUAUUAGAGAGCAAUAUGAAUUGACAUAGUUAAGAAUGAAAAAUAAAUUCCAAUGUGAUGUUUCUCUGUGUGUUUGUUUUUAUACUUGUGCAAAAAUUAGUUUGAGCUGGUUUCUCCAUAUCACAUUCGGUUUAAUCCGCACCCGAAUGAAUCGAAUUAAUGAGAUUCCACAAGUAAAUCCAUGACGAAUCAACUCAUUCGAGUUUGGAUUAAAAGGAAUUUUGAUUUGGAUGAACCAACUCAAACAACACUUUGCACAAGUCUACAGGUUGUGUUUUAUAUGCAUAAAUGGAUACACUGAGGGGUUUAUUAAUGGAAAGAGUAACUUUUUAUUAGGGGACACAAAGUUAAAUAUAUGGUGCUCAUUAACAUAUGCUACCACUGGAUCUGGGCAUUCAGCUAAAUUGCUUUCCUAUUGGGAUAUAUUGCAUGCUCUGUCAGUAGUUUGAGUCCAUUGUUAAAGGGACACUAUAGUUACCAGUACGACGACAGCUUAUUGUAUUUGUUCUGGUGAGUAGAAUCACUCCCCUCAGAUACCUUGAGGUGCUUCCUGGGGCAAUGCUGCACAGUGAGCAGCACUGCCAUUCAGUGUCUCCACCCUCUGCAUGCAGAGACUGAACUUUUCCUUGUAGAGAUGCAUUGAUUUAAUGUAUCUCUAUGAGCAGAUGCUGAUUGGCCAGGGCUGUGUUUGACUUGUGCUGAAUCUGCCCCUGAUCGGCCUCAUUGACAGUCUCAGCCAAUCCUAUUGGAAUGCAUUGUGAUUGGUUCACAGAAUCACUUCUGAUGUCAGCUGUAAGCAGGCAGAUCAGGGGCAGAGACAGCAGCUGCAGACUUGAAUAUAAGUAAGAUUUUACUAUAUUUAGGGAGGCAAGGGGGAGGAGGCUAGAUGAUGGCUUUAAUACUAUACGGUCAAUACAUGUUUGUGUUCCUUUAAAUCAAGAUAUAGCUUGAGUGUUUAGUCAGAAUGGAAAGGGCUUAAUUUGGAGGCAAGCAAAUAUUCACUCAAGGCCAGAUGUCAAAGUUAAAAAAGGAGGGGGUGGGGGGUGCUGCUAUAUUUUACAUUUAAUCAGGAACACUUCAUUUUCAUUUAGAUUUGCAGUCUCAUGAGAUGGUAUAAUGUUGAAUUGCCCAUUUACCCAAAUUAUUACUAGAUGGGUAUUGUAGUUAAAGGGGAUCAAAAUCAAACUCACGAAAGCAGACCAAUUGUGGUUAAUUUUCACACAACUCACUGUCUCUUUAGAAAAUGCUUUGAUAAUUUGUGUGUAGUUUUAGGAAUCCAUGCAUAAUAAAAGCAUUUACUCUGAAUGGCAUCCCACUCUCUCCAAGGCAACUUUUCCUAUUUUAUUGGCACAGUAAUGUUUGUUUUUAUAUGUGCAAUGCACCUCUCCUUGUUUGUCUACACUGUUAAAACCUUCAAUGAAACACUUAUUGACCAUAAACGCACAACAUUCACAUAAAUAGACAUCCCUGCCUGUCCAUCCACCAUUUCUCCGCCUCUCCUGCCCAAAGUUUUCUAACCCAUUCUCUUUGCCAGACAAGCUAUUCAUUGUCAUAGGGCUGUGGUUUUGUAAUCUAGUGCAUGGUCCUACCAGAUGGCCUGUACCUUGUACUGAGAAGGGAAGUAUAUUUUUGUACUUUAUGAUGCUCUUUGUAUCUGAAUAGCUGGUCAUAGCAGGCAUUUUAUGAGGUCUUAACUGAGCCAAUAUAUUCUUCAGUCCCUUGAAUCCGUAUGCCACACUCUCUUAACUUGUGUCGACUUUAUUAGAGUUGUAAUUUCCUCAUUAUGCACCCCAGGUUUUGACAUGCUUUUGCUGUUUCAUGGAAUGGCUCUGAGUGUUGUGACUUCUGGAGAAUUGUUGAUUCAAAUUUCUGCUGCAUAGUCCCUACUGGAUUCGUCACCUAUUCGGAAUUGACAGUCUCAACAUUUUCCCAUUAUGUCACCGGUUAAGGGAUGUGUUUUGGAUUCCUCUGGAUUGAAAAAUCGUUUGAAAGCGAUUUCACCAAUAUCUUCCUAGCAGCAUAACUGCUGCAAUAGCCUGUAGUGGAUAUGGUGCUUAAUAUGUCCACUAUUCACAGUGGUGUAGUCUGUCACAUGUCUCCAGCUCGGUCAUGUUAGAUGGUUUCCAUAAAAUGCCAUUUAUCUGGAAACCUGCCUAUCCAUUCUACCAUGUAUUAUUUCACAUUUUGUGUUAAAUGGAUUUUUUUUUUUUUAUUGUAUAGCAAAUGCAAACAUAGAGCAAGAUUUAACGUAAGGCACAUGGCCACCUACACAGAGGCUCAUUGGUCAAACUUGAUAAACAUAUAUUAGAUUGCAGAACAGUUCUUACAUAGGCAAUGGCAAACGAUUUGUAACGGUAUGAGAUGAACUGAAGCUUAUCGUGGUGGCACAUCCGUGCCAUAUAUCAAGGUGUCAUAAAAGGCAAAUGGUAGCUUACGUAGAGACUCAUGGAAUGAAGUUUAUAAACGUUAUAUAUUAGAAUACCGUGCUUACAUGGGUGGUAAUGGUCAAUUUGUAGCAUCAGGGUAUCUAGUAAACAAGUGGUAACAGUAGGGCUUAAGUUAGGAUUCUACUUUGGCUUUAGGUUUGGGGAUCUGGAAGCUUUCUCUUGUUUUGUGUGUCAGAUGGGAGUUUGUUCAGUACUGGAAAGGCUGCUCUCCAGGGCUGCCUUUGGGUGCGUGGUGGAGCGUUGGGCCCCCUGUGUUAUACAUGGCGUUGUAUGGUUAUCAGUGUUUAUGUAGUAGUUGCUUGUGUAGAGGCUAGUGCGUUGGUGAGGCGGUUGUGGCUGUUUUCGGUCGGUUAAGCAGGUGGUCACCACAUGAGAGGAACUACUUGCAGUGUAAGUAAGAUGGGACCUGGUUUUGACAGUCUGUGUGGUUUGCAUGUGUGGGUAGUAUGUAUGUUCGGUUCAACGCCCCCUUCCUCCCUUUGUGUGACUAGCCUGUUUUUUGUUUGGAGGGUAGGGGUUGGUGUCGUGGUUCAUGGUGAGUCUUGGAUGCUUGUGUUGGUGAUGUUGGAGUGACGGGGGCGUGGAGCAGGUAUGGGGUGGGUAGACGUGGCCCAUACUCGAUGUCCGUCUCGUGGGAAUGUGUGGGGUGAAAGGAGUGUGUCUGUCUCUGCAGAUUGUGGCGGGCCGGUCCCGUCCUGGGUUGUUCUAUGCCGAUCUGGGUCGGGUGGGAGGGGGUGUUUAUUUUACGUUUUGCACCCAUUCAGAAGGUAAAGUUAAAGGCACACAAUAGUCAAAAGAAUAACUUCAGCUUAAUGUAGUUGUUCUGGUGAGUAUUGUCAGUCCCUGCAGGCUUUUUGCAGUAAACAUUCUUACAUUACAGCCUAGGGACACCUCCAGUGGCAACUCCUCAGAUGGUUACUAGAGGUGCUUCCUGUGGCAGUGCUGCACAGUGUACAGCACUGACAUUCACUGUCUCCACCCUCUGCAUGGAGAGAUUAAACUCUUCUCAUAGUGAUGCAUUGAUUCAAUUCAUCUCUAUGAGGAGAUGCUGAUUGGCCAGGGCUGCCUUUGGCCCCACCUUCUUGGCAAUCUCAGCAAUUCAAUGCUUUCCUGUGGGAAAGCAUUGUGAUUGGCUGAGAUCAUCACUUCUGAUGUCAGCCAUGGAGGCAGAUCAGGGGCAGCAGCAGCAGACUGGAAUAAGGGUAAGAUUUUACUUUAAGGGGGGCAGAGGGGCUAGAAAGUCUUCUAGAUAGUGUUUUAACACUGUAUGGUCAGGAAUACAUGUUUGUGUUCCUGACCCUAUAGGUUUCUUUUAAGUUUAAUCUCACUUCACAACCUUUAAAAACAAACAAAGUUACAAUGGUACAAAAUGCUUUGCAAAGGAAAGCACAUUACGUUAACAUAAAAACAUAGAAUGUGACGGCAGAUAAGAACCAUUCGGCCCAUCUAUUCUGGCCAAUUUUUUUUAAAUACUUCGUUAGUCCCUGGCCUUAUCUUAUAGUUAGGAUAGCCUUAUGCCUACCCCACGCAUGCUUAAACUCCUUUGCUGUGUUAACCUCUACCACUUCAGCUGGAAGGCUAUUCCAUGCAUCCACUACCCUCUCAGUAAAGUAAUACUUCCUGAUAUUAUUUUUAAACCUUUGCCCCUCUAAUUUAAGACUAUGUCCUCUUGUUAUGGUAGUUUUUCUUCUUUUAAAUAUAGUCUCCUCCUUUACUGUGUUGAUUCCCUUUAUAUAUUUAAAUGUUUCUAUCAUAUCCCCCCUGUCUCGUCUUUCCUCCAAGCUAUACAUGUUAAGAUCCUUUAACCUUUCCUUGUAAGUUUUAUCCUGCAAUCCAUGAACCAGUUUAGUAGCCCUUCUCUGAACUCUCUCUAAAGUAUCAAUAUCCUACUGCGUACAAUAUUCCAAGUGAGGUCGCACCAGUGUUCUGUACAAUGGCAUAAGCACUUCCCUCUUUCUACUGCUUAUACCUAUCCCUAUAAAACCAAGCAUUCUGCUAGCAUUUCAUUUAACAUGUAAUAGUAUAGAACAUUUUUUUGAGCUUACAAACUGUGGGCUGUAACCUGCACUGCUCCAUUAUCCUGUUGCAGUGUUUUUGCUGAGGCCUGCUAGAAUGAGUUAUGUUCUCCCUGCCUCCCUCUGACUCAGACAGCUGCAAGGCCAAUUCUAUGGAAUCCGAUAAGAAGUAAUUUGGGGUCUUUUACAUUUUUGUCUCUCUCUAGGUGAAAACUCGCACAGUGUAAUAUAUAUGCUUUUACCUGUCUGGCAGUCUUCCUAUGUGUCUGCAACAGUUACUUAUGUUGAUCGAAAAAUACCUAGAAAGACACACAUGUGUCUGUAUCUGUUUUUUGAAGCACAUGUUGGCGUUUGUGUAAUUUAUGGCUACCUGAGGGAGAGAAAAAAAAUCUCAUGUGGCCCAUCCGACCCUGGAAUCCAUUAACCUGCUGAUGACUGAGAAAAAAUAUCCGUCAUUUGUUUCAAAAUUGUGCAUAUUGUUUUUUUUUUUUUUUUAUCUGCUUGAACUGUUAUAGCUGUCAUAAUAUCUGUUGCAAUAUGGGUUACAGAUUUGCAAAGGUAUUUUUAUCUGUUAUUUCUUUACCAAGGUGACAGCUGAACAAGCUCUGUGUAGAACAAAAUUUUUUUUAAUGUGACAAGGUAGCUCAAAGGAUUUUAUUAAGCAUUAACCAGGGGCAGGAGAUUUGACAAGAAUUUUAUUCAAUUCAUCAUUCAAGGCUGAUCUGAGCUAUACUUGCUACAUUCCCAUGGAAACUAAUUUGAAGAGAUGAGCCUUAUCUAUUUAUGUAAGAAUUGAUGGAUGAAAUAAGGAGAUGCACUUUUACUUCUAUAAAUAUUCUGUAAUUUCCAUGAGAACCGUAUGGGGUGAACCAUUAAUGCUUUCUCUGCUGUGUACCCUACCUUUCUAUUAUCUUAUUCUAUUAUACGUUAUUUCUUGCUCAUUUACUUCCAUAAGUCAUGGAUCUAAUUAAAUAGUUGUAAUUAUAUUCAAUUUACUUUUUUUAAAGCUUUUUUUUUUUUAAAGGGACACUAUACUUACCAGAACUACUACAGCUUAAUGUAUUUGUUCUGGUGAGUAGAAUCAUUCUAUAUAUAAGUAAAAAAUUAUCGAUCUGUAUUAAAGUAUGCUGUAUUUUCAUUGUUCCUGUCUGAUAAAUAGCCAGAGCAGCCUACAAACUGAUGUAUAGGUAACUAGUUUUUGUUUGUGCGCGCUUUUAUUAAUUUUUUUCCUCCUCUCUCCCUCUAUCAGUGUAAUAUGUAACCUCACACGCCUUGUUUGUUUUUGUAUUUUGUUUUAAUUUACAGGUUGUGCCAUCUUCUCCUGUGCGUAUCCCAAGCAGUCGUCUUCACCAGAUUAAGCAGGUACAAGCAGUGAACACCCCCGACCCCCUCCCCCCCUUAUUUUUUAUUUUUAUUUUUUUAAACAAAGGGGAUGAAUCAAGUUUUUGGGUUAUUUUGUUUUUCUUUUUUUUACAAAUAUCCUUCUUUGUAACACAGACAAUAUUAAGCAUUUACUAGUGACAGUUGUUGAGAAUGCAAAGUGAAUUUCAAAUUUAAGGCCAAAACAAGUGAAUUGGAAGAAUUAAACAAAUCAGCAAUGAUUCCAUUUCAGCUUCUUUGGUUUAAUUUUGAAAUUUACUUAAAAUUCCUGACAAUUGUCACCUUAAAGGGACACUGUAGGCACCCAGACCACUUCAGGUAAUUGAAGUAGUCUGGGUGCUGUGACCUGUUUGCACUUAGUACUGCAAAUAUUAAACAUUGCAGUUCCACUAGAGGGCUUCCGGAAUUCAAACAGACUUUUGGUCCGUUAUCUGGCGCUGGACAUCCUCAUGGACCUCCAGCAUCAGAUUUUCCCCAUAGGGAAGCAUUGAAUAAUUCUUUCCUAUGGGGAGGUCUAAUGCGCGCACAGCCAUGGCCGCGCAUGCACAUUAGGUCUCCCCCGCCGGCUGCUGGGCACAGCCUGAACCAUCGCUGGAUUCAGGUAAGUGGCUGAAGAGGUUUUAACCCCUUCAGCCCUGCGGGAGGAGGGGGGCUAUUAACCUUAUAGUGCCAAGAAAACAACUGUUUUCCUGGCACUAUAGGAUCCCUUUAAUGAAAUACCCAUGAGAGUUUGCAGCCUGCUUCUUUUUGUGUGUACUCUUACAAUGUAUUCUGUUAGCAGGGUUUAAAAUUUCAACUUCUAAUCCCUUGAUUCUCAUUGCUGCAUCUUAUAAACAUGAAUGACCUUAUAAAUAUUUUCUUAACAAGCAUCAACAGAGCAUUUAUAUAAUAUAAUUCUAGUACAUAAUGUAUGUUGUGUAUUAAAUGUCCAACUAUAUAGUUGCAGGAAAUUGAAACAGGAUUAAAUAAUGAUGAAAGCAUCUAAUAAAUUUAAAAAAACAAAUUUGUGUAACAAAAUGGGCAGGACAGUCGUAAUCAAAGUCUAAAUCUCAGUUCCAUGCAAUACUGUGAAACCUGAGAUUAAUAUAUAUCCUUAAACCAUAAUUAAAUGAACGCUAUAGUGUUAAUUGCCCCCUCCCUCACCCCCACGGCAAUUAGAGGGUUAAAAACUUUUUAAAACACAUUAUUCCAGCCCUGAUGUGCUGGCUCCAUCUCUGCCUCCUCCAAUGUCAUUGCGAGUGGGAACCUAACCUUUCUGGGGGGGUGGGGGGGUAAACCACUUUAAUGAGAUGAAGUGGCUGGCUGCCUAUAGUGUCCCUUUAAACAGAUGAGGUAGCAAUGAACAUAGUAUAGGAUUAGCAGGGUAACCAAUCGAGAGGCAGAGCUUUGCUUAACUAUGUCAAUAUUAUGAAUGUUAUUGGUGUUAUUUCCAUAUCUAGUACAUUCUUUAAGGAUGUCAUGUGUAUAGCAUUUGAAAGUCAAUAUAUUUUGAUUAUUGUUGUUAAUUUAUACUUACACAAUUUUUUGAUGUUGACAGUUAUUUUCAUAAAUUUGAAUCUUUUCAAACCUUGCUAAGGAACAGUUUUACAGGAAAAAAGGGAAGGGGUGCUAAGUUGUUAUUAUGGAAUUUACCAACAUCAAUUCUGUCCACCCUUUUAUAGUGACCCUGUCACUAGUUAUAUUCAGCCCAGCCCACCCCUUUGUUCCUGCUGGCAUGUCUGUGUCCCACAAUGUCUUAGAGAAGUCGUGACUUUCUCUAGUGAGGGUCCAGACUCCUGCUCCUCAAAGAGAAUCACUGGGUACCUGAUGCACUCGAGAGCCACCGAUACAUCCAGUGCUUUCCUAUGAUCUGCGAUGUUACUUGACCAAGUUUCACUUAGUCAGUUCAGCAGAAGUGUCUCUAGUGAGGCAUGUUUUACCCUCCAAGGUAAACAUUGCCCUUUGUGCAAAACUGCACUGCAAUGUUUUACCUUGAACGAUUAAACAUACAGGACCACUUCACUAAGAUGUCUGUGUGACUUUAGUGGUCCUUUAAAUAUUUGUACUUUCUUGUGUCUGCUGUUCUCUAAUAUAAUUCAUAUUUAGACAGAUUUGUUUAAAAAAAAAAAAAAAUCAUUAAAGUAGAUUAACAAAAUAACAUUUUGUUAACCCUUUGAGGACCAUAAGAUUACCGUCAUCAAUAUAGAAAUAAUUAUAUUUUUUCCCUUUAAGAAUGUAUUUGAACAAUAAAUAAAACCAUUUCCACACUUGUGUCAUUUUUGGGGGAGGAAUUAUGACACGAGACAAAUGUGUCCCUAUGGUCCUCAAAGGAGAGAGGUUUCAAGCAUUGUCUGUUUCUGGAACUUGAAAUUUAUUUUACAGUGAAUUCUAAAGAAGGUCAUAAUAAAUGGAGUCAAAUUCUGCUACAUCUGACUAUUUAGGUCACUUUAUAUGGAACGCCAAAAGAAGCAAUUUUUUUUUCAUACACUUCAGUUGUUGUAACUAAGCCAUUUCAUGAAAUAACUGGCAAAAAGCUAGAUUCAUUUGUUGAUAAGAACUAUUUUGACUCCAACCAAAAAAAGUAUUUUAAGUUCUUAAUCAGAUGAUACAGGCAAUUAAAACAUGGGACAAAUAAGUCCCUUGGUCCUCAAAGGGUUUUAAUCAGCAAAGCAUAAUAACUGUAUAAUUUUAUAAAAGCACUGCAAGGGUACAGGAUUUCUAAAGUGUUAGGAAUACAAAUGUGUAUUCCUAAAGGAACACAAAUGUGUUUUCUUGACUCUAUAGGGUUAAAACACUAUUUAGCCCCAUGGCCCCCUCUUAUCCUUCUUAAAUAAAUGGAAAACUCCCCUUUAUUCCAGUGCUGCACAGGUCUGCUGGUUCUGGUCCUGAUUCGCCUCAUUGGCUGACAUCAUAAUUCUGAUUUCAUCCAAGGAGGUGAAUCGAUGCAUCUCUAUCAAGAUCUAUCAGCAUCUUGUGCAGCACUGACCCAAGAAGCACCUCUAGUGGCCGUCUGAGUGACAACCACUGUUCAUAGGCAGAAAUGUAAACACUGCCUUUUCUUUGAAUAUCCAGUGUUUACAGCAAAAAGCCUGCAGGGACACACUAUACUCACCAGAACAACUACAUUCAGGGCCGGACUGGGGAUUCCAAAGCAGCCGUGGAAAAAAAAAAUCUAUGCCAGCCCCAUAAGUCAUUGCGCCAUAUAUUGUAGCAUGUAAUAUGUAAGGCUAUGUCUUGCCACCCUAGAUGAUUGAGAUAUAUAUAAUCUCCUUUUCCAAUAUAAAAUAUUGGUCCUUUCAGAGUAAAAUUUUUAAUUAUACAGUAAGCAUACUCACAUGCAGACACAGACAAUCUCACUGACACAAGCUGAUUGAUACACCGCCUCAUAGACCAACAAUCUCACUGAUAUACAUAAGGUCAUUGACAUAAAAACACAAGCUCACUCAGUAGCAGGCACACACACAAGCAAGCCCACUCACUAGCAGGCGCGCACACACACAGCUUAAUGUAGUGGCUCUGGUGUCUUUAGCCUGUCCCUGCAGGCUUUUCAAUGUAAACACUGACUUUUUAUAGAAAAGGCAGUGUUUACAUUGCUUCCUAGUGACAGACACUCAGACGGUCAGUAGAGGUGCUUCCUGUGUCAGUGCGGAUUGGCUGAGAUCAUCAAGCUUGAUGAUCUCAGCCGUAGAGGCAGGGCCAGUCGAGGGGAGACCAGCACGACGUGGGGGGGGGAAAAGUGAGUAAAAACACACAUACACACACAUACCAUGACAGACAGACCGUGACAGACACACACACUGUGACACAGACAGAAAUGACACACACACACACACACACACACACCCACCCACCAUGACUGACACACCCACCCACCAUGACUGACACACAGAAUUGCUACCUGUGUGCUGGCAUGGGGAGCUUUGAUGGCGGCCACAUGGGGGAGCUGGCUCUUCUGGCGGCCGCAGAGGGAGCUCUUUUGGCGGUCGCAUGGGGAGCUGGCUGUUCUGUCUCUGCUCCCCCUCCCCAGCGCACUGCUUAUAUGACGUGAUAUUCCGGCCCCGGUCUCAUUAAGCAGUGCGCUGGGAGGGGGAGCAGAGACAGAACAGCCAGCCCCCCCUGCGGCCGCCAAAAGAGCUCCCUCUGCAGCCACAGGUGAGCCAGCUGCCUGCCUGGCCCCAGGUGCCGACGGCCCACGGGGAAAUUUCCCGGUAUCCCGGUGGGCCAGUCCGGCCCUGACUACAUUAAGCUGUAGUAGUUCGGGUGACUAUCGUGUCCCUUUUAUGCUUUAGUACCCUGGUGGCCAUUUAGGUUUCCUGCCCCCACCUGCAAGGAAUUAUAAAAAAAAAAAAAAAUAGUAGUUUGUUUAUGCUUUCCCUUGCAGCUCCAGUCCCACCUCCUUGGCUGAGAUCAUUGAAAUCCAUGUUCUCAGCCUAUCCAAUGCUUUGAGAGGUUCUUGCAGAAUGGCAGUGUUUUAACUUGAAGGGUUAAAUGGUGGUGGGGGGGGGGGGAUACAUGGAACCCAUACCACUUUGUUAACAUGACACUCCACUGUUUUUUUUGUUUUUUUUUUAAAUUAUAUUUUAGUAGAUAUACCUUCAAAGAAAAUAUGCAUCUAAAAAAAAAAAAUGAAUAUUUUAUUUGGGGCAUAUAAAAAACAAACAAAUAACAGCUUGCAAAGUCUGCAGAUCUGCCCUCCCCUCUUUUCAUGACAGACUUUUCAUAGGUUUCCGAGUUUGCUAUACUUCUCAAUGAUUUAUGGUAUUGCAAGGGAGUAAGGCAGACAUGCUAAUAGAAGCAGGAGAAACUUGUCCUUUCUGCGCUUAAAUAUAAAGGAGCUGGUUUCUAUGGAAAUCGAAAAUUGUCACAAACAAGCCUCCAGACACACAAAGCAAUUCAGCAAGCGUAUUCAUUUAAACAUACAUAUAUAUUUUUAACCUUCCAGUAUUCUUUUGGUUGUUAUGAUUUACGGCGUUACCUUUAAAAUGUUUAUAUAUAUAUAUAUAUAUAUUACUUUUUAAUUUUUUUUUUAAGCCUUUAAACUCUCCAGUAAUCUAGAGUUCUUUGACCCUUCUCAUGGAUAGAAAUAUAAGUUCCCAGCACCUGUUGUCUCUUGUUGAUGGUCUAUGUCCCCAGGAGUUAGAGAACGUGGGCUGGAUUCUGUUCACAAAUUAUCUUCAAUUUAAAUAGCAAACCUCCUGUAGACGUCAAUGGGUGAAUUCAGUUUGCAGAAUGAAGCUUAUUUCCAUAUCUCUUAAAAUGUUAAAGGCUUUUCUCUUAUUGCUAAUAACUAUUGUUUUGUUCCUCGUUGACUUUGCAUAUCUUCUCAAUUGGGAAAGGAAAAAAUCCCUUGUUGUCUAGCUUUGUUUCCUGCAUUUUGUUUUGCAGCGUUGCCUUAGCUGUGUUAAUAAAUUAACAUAUAGUCAAUCCAUGUUAACCCAAUCGUAAAAGUUUUUUUACUAAAAUGUUAACAUAAUUAUUUCAAUGCAUUAUAUCGAUAAUGCAUUAAAAAUAUUGUCAGAAAUCGUAAUUUAAAAAAGUUACUGCUCUUUUAAAUUUCCCUUCAUGCUCUACUUUGUCUGUGUCUUCUUUUUUUUUUUUCAAUGUGUUUUAUUUUUCAUUUUAAAUUGUUCAUGAAAGAACAAAGGUAGAGGGAAAAAACAAAACAAAAACGUGGGUAUAGAAGGGAAGGGGAAGACAGCUUUACAUAUAUUGCAUCAUUCUAUACAAAUGCGUCGAUAAACACUUUGUAAACAGUUUAACAUAAUAGUGACAGUUGGCAUUUUGUCCAAUAUACUUCAUAGCAUUAAUAGUUAUACAGUUUUAUGCAGUUUUAUACCGGGUCCUGUUCCCUGGCGCUAGCUUGGUGCCUUUAAUCCUAACUGGGUAGGGGGGAGAGGUGGAGGGAAGUGGGGCUUCGCUGGUGCUCCAUGCCAUCUGAAACUGUCUUGAUGGAAUGUAUUGUGCUCGAUUUCUUUUCGAAGGAGGUAGCCUUGGAGAUGCAAUGUAUGACCUACAGCCCCUAUUGGGACACACCAUAUCUAUAUUCCACCCAUCUGUGCCACCUUGUCUCGUGUCUGCUUUGACUAUCGUUUAGUCAGUGGCGUACACAUGACCCAUGGGGCCCCGGUGCAAAAAUUGAUCCGUGGGCCCCCCCCCCGCGCGCUUAUUCGGCGCGGGUCGGGGCCGCAACACAUGGCAGCGGCACCUGGUCGCAGGGCUGCGACCGCGGUAUGCUGCACACACACCUAAAGGACCACUACAGACACCCAGAUCACAUCAGUUCAAUGAAGUGGUCUGGGUGCCAGGUCCCUCUAGUUUUAACCCUGCAGCUGAAAACAUAGCUGUUUCAGAGAGCCGUCUAUGUUUCACUGAGGGUUAAUCCAGCCUCUGGUGGCUCUCACUGACAUCUGCUAGAGGAGAUUCCGCGAUUCUCACUGUGAAAAUCGCAGUGAGAAGACACUGAACAUCCAUAGGAAAGCAUUGAGUAAUGCUUUCCUAUGGGCGGUUUAAAUGCGCGCGCCUCUUGCCGCGCAUGUGCAUUUAGAGCUGAGAGGCGGAGGGAUCCCCUGCGCCAAGGAAGUCCGGCGCUGGAGAACGGUAAGUGCUGAAGACACACACUUUUCGAACAGACGCAUACACACUAGCUAACAGACACACACAUUUACUGACAGAAACAUACUCAGCGACAGACAUACAUACACACUCACUUACAAAACAUACACUUUCACUGGCAAACACACACUCACUAACAGGUAACAGACACACUCGGUAACAGACACACUCGGUAACUAACACUAACACAUGUUUUUUUUUAAAUUGAAUCCCCCCCAGCCUCCUUACCUUUUGGAGUGCUGGGGGGAUUCCCUGGGGUCCAGUGGUGGUGCUGCUGGGCUCCUGGGCGGGCUGGCUGUCUGGGUGGCCGGCGUGCGAGGGAGCACUUUCCCCCUAAGUGCUUCUUCUUCAGCUCUCUCGCGCGCCGCGUAGGGAUGCCGGAGCCGGAAGAUGACGUCAUCUUCCGGCUCCGGUAUCAGUGCGGUGCGCGAGGGAGCGGAAGAGGAAGCACUGAUGGGGAAAGUGCUCCCUCGCACACCGGCCACCCAGACAGACAGCCCGCCCGCUGGGGUCAGCAGGGCCAGCCUCGGGGGGCACUGAGGUGGCCGGCUCCUGGGCCCCCCAGGAGAAGAGGCUGGCCCAGUAGGUACAUACCGGGUCGUAGGGGCGGCCGCGACCCCUGCGACCCUGGUAUGUACGCCACUGCGUUUAGUCGACUAGCCAUGCGUUCAUAUGUAUGUGUCGAGUCUAUUCUGCCCAGGAUCUCUGGUAGUGUGGGUGCCAGUGUGGUCUUCCACCUGUGGGCAAUUGCAGUUUUGGUAGCCAUUAAACAAUGGAUCGUUAGGUAACUCUUAUCUUCAGAGAGGGUGUCUGGGAAGAUAUGUAAUAGAAAGCACUCUGGGUUCAAUGGUAUCUUUAUUCCCAGAUUUUUAUAAAGAAGUGUUUGUAUGUCCCGCCAUAACGUAGUGAUCUGUGUGCAUGUCCAGAAUAUAUGAUAGAGGGACCUCUCUUGAUUGUGACCUCUCCAACAGUGUUUGUUUGACCCUGGAUAAAUAUGAGCCAGUUUGGUAGGGACUAGGUACCAGUGCAUCGUUAGUUUGCAGAACGUUUCCCAUUGGUUAAGACUAUGGGAGGCCUGUUUUGUUUUCUUUUGAGGGUGGUGCCAUGUUGCUAUUGGGAAUUGCCUCCCUAUAUCCGAUUCCCAUUUAGUCAUAUACUAGGGUUUUGUUAUUUUAUUUUGAAGUAGGAGUGAGUUGUAGCAUAGGGACAUUACUUUAAUUUUAGGUAGUUUACCCAUACAUUUGUGGAUAAAUGGUGGUAUGAGAUUGGGUUCCCUCAGGCUAAUCCUGCACUCCUGUAUUAUAUUAUUCUAAGAUAAGAGAAUAAUUCCCGUGGAGGGAUAUGAUAUUCCCUGACUAAGUCCGGGAAUGGUUUGAAGCCUUCUGAAGUCAGUAAGGAGCCUACAUGAUAGACCCCUUGUUUAAGCCAGUUCUCUAGUUGCAUGUUUGUCGUUCGAGCAGCCAGGGCCUGAAGUGGCGCUGCAAGGAGCAGGUCAUUUUCUCGUAAAAAUAGUGGAGUAGCUUGCUUCCAGGUUUGGAGCAGCGAUUCCGUGGCAGGCAGCAAGGUUUUGGAUUUGGGAAGUUUUGUUUCUGCCCAAAGGAUCAGAGGGAUCAUGCCAGUGGGUAAGCAAGCAUUCUCUAACGCUAGCCAUACCGGAGGAGAUGACCGCUCAAGGAUCGUGAGGCCUUGUGCCAACAUUGACGCUUUGUAGUAUAGUUUUAUAUUAGGUAUGCCCAACCCUCCUUUUGUGAACGGUCGCCAAAGUGAGUUUUGCGCUAUUCUUGGGGGUUUCCGUUUCCAAAUGUGUGCAUUAAUUAUAGCCUGGAAGUUCUUUAGAAUUGGGUUUGGGAUUGUAAUGGGUAGGGUGCGGAAUAGGUAUAAGAUAUAUGGUAAAAUCAUCAUUUUUAUGGUGUGGAUUCGCCCCAGCCAGGAAAUCUCCUUGUCCUCCCAGGUCUUAAGUUGUUGUUCUAGUUUGUGAGUGAGCGGUAUAUGGUUUUCCCGUAUUAUCGCCGAGUGCAAUGCUGGCAGUUUUAUGCCCAGAUAAGAAAUGGAGGUGUUCCGCCACUCUAAUGGGUACAGUGAUUUCAGGUGUGUUAGAGAGGCAUGUGUCAGCCCUAUCGCCAGCGCUUGUGUUUUUUUGGCGUUGUUCUUAUAGUAAGACAUCUUCCCGUAAUUCCCUAAUAAAGCUAGCAAGAUUGGUAAAGACGUCUCCGGGUUCGUUAAAAAUAGAACAUCAUCUGCGAAGAGGGCUAUUUUUUGAACUCCAAUAAUUUUGGUCACUUUUUAUAUGUCUGAUUAGGGGUUCCAUACACAAAAUAAAGAUUAAUGGAGAGAGAGGACACCCCUGCCUGGAACCGUUUGUUAUUUGAAAAGGUUGUGAUAAAAACCCAGAAUUAAAUAUUCUGGCUGUCGGUUUGGAGUAUAGGGCUAUUAUGCCUUUCAGGAAUUCUGGAGGGAUGCCCAUGGAUGUCAAUACAGCCCUCAUGUAUGCCCAAUUUAAGCAAUCGAACGCUUUCCCGCGUCUACGGCUAAGAGUACGCCUCUCUGGUUAGUUUUUUGGGCCCAUGUGAUUAAGUUCAAAAAGUGUCGUGUAGUAUCCCCUGGCUGCCUGUUUGGAACAAAACCUGCCUGUUCUGGAAAGACCAAAUCUUGUAGGAAGGGUUGGAGACGUGUAGCUAGUAGUUUGGCAUAUAGUUUUGUCUGCAUUUAGCAGUGAGAUGGGCCUCAGGUUAGCACAUUCAGUGGGAGGUUUGCCAGGCUUAGGGAGCGUAACAAUAUGGGCAUCUCCUCCGGCAUGGAUUCGGAGUCCCUAAAGAAGUUAAAAAGAUCUGUGAGGUAUCCUGUGAGCUGUGCCUCGAAUGUGGAGUAAAAAUGGUCAGGGAACCCAUCCGGGCCCGGGGCUUUAUGUUUGGUAAUUUGUGUAUUGCGUUUCUUACUACUUCUUCUGUGAAUUUAGCUGACAGUAUCGAGCUUUGUUGGGCAGUCAGACGUGGCAGUGUCGCCUCUUUCAGAAAGAUGUCUAUUUCCGACUCUAGUGGCUGGUGUAGUGUUUUGUCCUGUGUAAGAUUGUAUAGACCCGUAUAGAAGUUCGCCAAUUCGUUCACUAUGUCUUGUGGGUUAAAUAGUUUUGACCCUGUGGCUGAUGUCAUAUAUGGGAGUUUGGAUUGUAUGUAUCGGGAAUUUGCCUGCCUUGUUCCCUUGCAUGUAGUAGUACUUGCAAAGCUGCCUUUCCAUACAUAUUAGGGACAUUGCAUGAAGCCUUUCUCUUAUCUUUUCAAUUUGUUGGGAUAAAGUUCUACUUGGUUUUAGCUUGUUGUUCCUGUCUAGUGUUUUGAGUUGCGAGAGCAGUUUAUCUGUUUCGUUGCAAGUCUUCCGUUUAUUUAACGCUCCUGCUUGGAUUAAAAGGCCUCUUAGUACAGCUUUGAGGGCCAGCCACUUAGUGUCUAUGCGUGAGGGAUCCGUUUGGUGGAUCUCAUAGAACAAUGUUAUGUUUGUGCGAAUUUUGGUGGCUGUGUUCACGUUAUCUAUGAGGGAUUCGUUCCGACGCCAUGCACUCCGUCCCCGAGCUGGGUACAUGGCUCUGAAUGUAGUGAUUACUGGCGCAUGGUCAGACCAGGUCCUGUCACCUAUUUGCACUUCUAGAACAUUUGGUAUUGAGCUCUUAUCUACCCAACACAUGUCUAUGCGAGAGUAAGUGUGGUGUACCCGUGAGAAAUAGGUGGUUUUUCUCCUUCGGGUAAAGGGUACGCCAUGUGUCAUAGAAAUCAUACGUAUGAAGCAAUGUGCUAAGAAUAGAGCUCAUAGUGCUGGCUUGCUGUAGAGGGUGUUUACUCCCGAUACGCUUGAUAUCUAGCUCGGGGUCUAAUGUGCAAUUUAGGUCUCCACAGAUUAUAGUGUGUCCCACACGGAGGCUAGUAAUCUUGUUUAACGCCCUUUUUACGAAGGAUGUUUGGGAAUUGUUAGGUGCAUAUAUGGAUGCAAUCGUGAGUUGCAUUCUGUUCAGUGAGCCCACCACAACGAGGAGCCUGCCUUGCUCGUCUACAUAUGUUUUGUUGAGUUGGAAUACCCAGUCUGCAUGGAACAGUAUUGCUACCCCUUUUGUUUUGUUUGGUGAAAGAGCAUGGUACACCUGGUGGUAUCUAGAGGACAUUAAUUUGAGAGGAUUUUUCUUGCACAUGUGUGUCUCUUGGAGACAUACUAUGGCUGCCUGAGAUUUGUGCAUAGCUUUAAUCACAGAACUUCUUUUGAAUGGAUUGUUCAGGCCAUUUACGUUCAUGGAUAAGCAUUUAAAUUGGUACGACAUUUUUAAUGUGCGAGUUUUCGGGGCCAUUCAUCUAAUGAAGAACAAUUUAUGUGAGCGAGUAUGGUCCCUGUGAUAAACUGAGGUGCGGUGUGUAUCUGGUUGUGCCCUGGUGCAUGACGACAUCUUGUAUAUGUAUAGGUUGUUGCAGCUGCCGGGGUGUUGGAUAGGGGGUUUACAGGGUUAAAACACGGGAUACAGAAAUAAACAAAAACAAGUAUAUACAGUGUCUCUCGAACUUGAGUAUAGCAUGGGAUACAAUGAGGAACCUUUGAGCUCCAUGUCCCUUGUAGUUCCCGUUGGGGUGUCGUGCGGAACAGGUCCGCACCCGGGCCAGAUUCUGUUAAGACAACUCUGGUAUAGGUAGAUGACAGGGGUAAUUUUGGACGUAGACAACAGUCCCACCUUCGUCUUAUAUGGGCCGGGAAGGCAGUGUUAUAGGACAUGAUCAGAAUUACUUGGGAUGCUGCGUCAGGGGUGUUUUUUUUUUAUUUUCAUAUAUUUGCAAGAAUUACUCGAUUCCUUAACUCUGACCCAUAGGAAACGUCACAACUACUCUAGUGCUCCGCGCUAUUAGUAAGGGGGCAGGCGAGGUCCCCGCCUGUGGUAUGUGUUGGAAGUCUAGCUGUAGUAAGAUGGUUAUCGUUAUCGUUUGUGCCCAACAAUAGUAACAAUACAUUUUAUCCUAGUGCGGAGACGUCAUCUAACCCCCAAUGGUAUUUGCAGUUAGUGCAUAAUGUACAAUACCCAACCGGCUACAUUUUUAUUAGGCAGAUGCGUAUUAUCUCCGGUUAGAGUUAAACAUGCAAUACAUCAUUUUGGGGACCAACGUCAGUGCACGCCAGGUUCUGUAAAUAACAACAUGGGGGAAGCGUGGGCGCCUAGAGAGCAGCGACCAAGGGGUGGACUUGGCAGAGUCACUAACGCUUAGGAUGUAUAGGAGUUUUUUUUUUAUUUUAUUUUUUUUCUUAUUCCCUUUCAGUCCGACCCCCACCUCCCCCAAAAACUAUUGCACUGACGUGGGCCCCCGUUACAAUACCACUCUCGUUGGCUGGGGUCGUCGACCAUCAUCACUGCGGUAGCGUGUAGGAUUGGGUUGGAGUGUGAGACUUUCAAGAACCAGCCCGUGGUAGCUUAGCUAAUGUCCUGAGCGAGUGCAGCAUCAGUCCGUUAAGAUGUCUUCGUGCGACAUUGUAGAACUUGCUGUCAGGUGAGUCCAGGGGGCUGUUGUCUUUGUCAGUGUCUUUAUUAGUGUUGUAGGCCAACCAUCUGCCAUUCGGGCCGGAUCUUCUUCGGGGAGGCCGCAGCAUCCAUUGUUGACUGGGCUUUUUCAGGUGCAUUCCAUAGGCCCCAGUGUUUCAAUAUGGACAAACCUCCUAUUGGGUGGUCUAUGAUGUGGAGCUUGUUGUUCCUCCAUACCAUUAAUUUUGUGGGAAACCCCCAUCUGUAAGCUUGAUCGUGAUUGCGUAAAGUCUUGGUGAUAGAGGAGAAUUCUUUCCGUCUCGCCAUUGUUAGGGCCGAGAGGUCGGCGUAUAUACAGAUGGUGCUGUAUGGUUCGGGCAGCGGUGACUUAGCCCUGGCUGCUUUGAGAAGUGCUUCUUUGGCUUUAAAGUAAUGGAAGCGAACAAUAAUGUCGCGUGGGACUUCCGCUCCGAACCUGGAUGGCUUUGGUACGCGGUGGGCCCUGUCCAGUUCCCAUGUGAUACCGGAUAAAUCAGGAGCCAGUGUAGUGCUUAAAGCGGUUAUAUAUGUGGGGAUCUGGUCUGUUGUGCCGGAUUCCGCGACCCCCCAAAAUCUUACGUUGUUUCGGCGGGAUCGGUCCUAAUGUCCGCCAUCUUGUGCCACAGUUUUGUGUUGUCGUCUUCCAAUUUCUGUAGCUUGUCAGCCAGUAUAUUAUGCGCUGAGCAGAGGUCUUCUGUUUUUCGUUCGACCUGGUCUGUGCGGUCUCCUAAUUCCUCCAAUUCCUGAUGUAUGCCCGAUAUAGUGGUAGAAAAAUCUUCUUUAAUUGUUGCUCUGAGAUCCAUGAGCAUUUGUUUUAAAUAUUCUUUCGAUAUUUGGCUGUCAUCCACAGCUAGCUGUGAGGGCAUCUCAUUGUAGGCGUCAGGCUCCAGAGACUGGGCUCUGCUAACUGCGCCAUCUUGGGCCUGUUUCUGCUGUUCUUUUUUUGUGAUGUCGGACCGCAUCCGUUAGUUUUGUUUGUUUCGAGGGUGACAUAGGGUCACUCUUGGACUUCACCUCCCGUUUGUGGAGCUUGAUUUUGAGUUUGUUUUGAGCUGUUUGGUAGAUAAUCUGGCCCGGGUGGUGCGGAGCUCCUACUCCAUGCGACCGAUCAUGCCGGAAGUUGGACACGCCACCGUCUGUGUCUUCUGCAGGUUGAUCCCCUGACCCUUGGAUCAGAGACUACAGUCUGGAUCAUGUAUCUCUGUUCUAUGGGGACUGAUCUAAAUCUCAUCUCCUGCCCAGCAGCGAUUUAUGAGAUAAGUACCUAUCCCUAGACUGCAAUUCCAAUCAUUACACAGGAUGACUGGAACUGCGCACUAAACUGAUAUCAGCCAAAAAACUGCUAUCUGCUAUCAGAUUCACAGUUUAGUGAAUAGGGUUGCUGCACACUCAAUAGGGACAAGAUUUACACUGGAAAUCCGCAAAUGUUCUGGGUUGCCUGAUUGACAGCCCUGGUGAGCUGUCUCAUAGCAGCAGGUUUUUGUUUUUAUAUUUGUAUUUAGAGAUUGCUGCCACCAUUUGUCACGUUCAGAAAUGAGUUGCUCUGGUUGCUCUAAGAAACAAAGGCAAAGUGCUAAUGUUGCUUAGGCUGACUUUAUUUAGGCUGUUUAACGCAUCAGUUAACCACAUAUUAUAACUGACACACAACUUAAAAUUAUCUGUAUCUAGAAGACCUACAUAGUCUUUUUGAAUGUUCUGGCACACAGGCCCGUCCAUCAUAGUUCAAUUGCUCAAUUCCCUGCCAUCUAGGAUUUCGAUCACUUUAUUUAUGCACUCUAGUCUCACCUCCCUGCAUGUGACUUACACAGCCUUUCUAAACACUUCCUGUAAAGAAAGCUCCAAUCUUUACACUUUCUUUAUUACACAUUUAGUUUAUUUACCUGCUCUAUUAAUAACUUGCUAAACCCUGAAGGAGCCUCCUGUGUGUAAUUAAAGUUCACCUUACAGAGCAGGAGAUAAAAACUUUUAAAGUAAGUUACAUCUGAUUGAAAAUGAAACCAUUUUGUUUUCUUGAUGGCUGUGUCAGUCUCAGCCAGGGGAGGUGUGACUAGGGCUGCAUGUACAAAGUGAUUUAAUUCCUAAAUGGCAGAGUAUUGAGCAGUGAGACUUCAGGGGCAUGAUAUAUACACAAAAACUGCUUAAUUAAGCUAAAGUGGUUUUGGUGACUAUAGUGCCCCUUUAAGAUCAAUCAUUUAAAAAUAAGUAACUUGCCAGGGCAACAGCACCACUCAUAGCUUGUGCUAAUAAGAUAGAUAUGUGUUCUCCCUACAUGUGCUAGUAAUUGGUACAGUUUCAUUGAAUCCUGUAAACGCCUUCAGCGGAGGUGCCAAUGAGCAGAACACACUGGGCGUAGUGACAGGGCUGUUUAGGAAUGUGAGAUCAGAUCUCCUGAUUGCCUUCAGCUCAGAUGUUGCUGAAAAUAACAGCUUGACUUGCAGCAGGUGAUGUCAUGCCCUGAGUUCAGUCUGCUUGUAAAAAGCCAGUAACACGUUCUGUUGACACACCAUACAAUUUAAUUCUUUAAUACACGUAUUCGCUACAGGGUUAUUCACUAAACUAAGAAUUGUUAGGCAAUUUAAGGACUAAGAAGCUGACUUGGAGAUUUUAUUUCAAGUUUGGCUUUUGACCUUAAAUUUGUAAUUAAUUUUAUAUUCUAGAGACAAGCUUGAUUUUGCUGUAAAUUACACUUCAAUUAAACUGAGGUUCUCCUGUCUAUCAAAUCUGUUUAAAGAUGAAUUCCAACAUUCCAUGCAUGAGCUUUGGAAGAACCUAGAUAUUGAAUCUCCAGUGUAAAAAGUGGAGGGGAAAUGGAAUCUGAUUAAAGAAUUAACACAACUCUUCAAUACCCAUUGCAUUUUAUGUAGCACAGGAAUGGGUUUGUUGUUCAGCCAUGUUUAUUCAUUUCUGUUCCCUGUAAUUUAACAUAUGUAAUUCCUCUUUUGUUUUACUGGAUUGCUGACUGAGCUGAAAGGCUCCCAGAUAUUUUUAAAUAGACCUAAUUAUGGCACUGAGGUUUAUUUGCAAAUAGCCACAGCAAAAUAUUGUUACAGGAUCUCUGGGCUGGAGAUAAUUUGGAAGAAAGGUGACCUUGGCAACACAACUAUAAUUAGUCUGUUCUCUAUCAAUGCAAUUUAAUUAAACAAAUUAGAGAUUUAGUUGCCAUUUGGCUGUUUGGUUUGUUAAAGGGACACUAUAGGCACCCAGACCACUUCAGCUCAUUAAAGUGGUCUGGGUGCAGUGUCCCAGGUCCUUUAACCCUACAGGGGUUAUUAUUGCAAUUUUUAAUAAACUGCUAUAACUACAUUGAAAGGUUAACUCCACGUGGUAGACAGCCACUAAAGGGACUUCCGGGAUGUCAGGCGACUUUAGGUCGCCUAACUGACGCUGGACGUCUUCACGCUAUGGAUAAGGACAUCCAACGUCAUGUAAAACCCUCUUGGAAAGCGUUAUACAUGCUUUCCUAUGGGUGAAGUAAGAAUGAGAGCAUGGCCAUCGGCGAGCAUGCGCAUUAGGUCUCCCCUGCUGGCUGACGCUGACGGGGGAGAAGGCGGAGCCUGAAUCAGUGCCGGUAAGUGACAGAAGGCGUAUUUAUCUUUUUCAACUUUGUUUUCCUGGCACUAUAGUUUCCCUUUAAGAGUAGUCAAAUCUUUAAAUAAGCUUCCUAAUUCAACUAUUCCCAAAUGGCAAUUGCAUCUGUAAUAAUACCAAAAUUUGCCUUUUGUGAACAGAUUAAUGUGUUUCACUUGGCAAACUCUUGGUCGAAACAUAUAGAUUAUAUUAGCCAAAUUCCAUUCGACCUCUGUUCAUCAUUUAGUGUAUAGACUUUCAAAGCUUCCUAAUUGUCAAGCAAAACACCUGAGGUGCCUUUCUUAGCUCUCCCCUGGUCACGGUACACAAGACACAAUAAUUUGUAAACUGCGUAAUUCUGGUUAUUGACUGUUGUGACUACUCUAACUAUGAAGAAUCACUCUUUUUCCCCAGUAUUUUUUUUUUGUUGUUGUUUUUUUUGCACUCAUUUUAUUUUUCUGUGUUUUUAGGAGGAAGGAGUGGACCUUAUGAUUAACAGGGAGACUGCACAUGAAAGGUCAGUCUCAAAAUGAGAAUUAAAAUGUAGAUAUUCUCACACACACAUUUUUGAACAUUUUUUAAUUUUUUUUAUUUUGUUUAUUGCUGUGAAUUUUGUUACAGGGAGGUACAAGUGGCAAUGCAAAUGAGCCAGUCCUGGGAGGAAAGCCUGAGUCUGGUAACUGUUUCACACAGGUUUAUUUAUUUCUGUUACGGUGUUGCUUUUUUCUAUAUUAAGAUACAUGGGGGCUUUCAAACACAUACCUAUGCAGUUUAGGGCACUAGGAUACAUUUAAACAAUGUACAAUAUAAUCUGCACAGAUGCGUCUAAUCUUAAAUCAAAGUUGUUGCUGGAUUACAUCCCAAACAUUUCUGCCAUCCAUGGAUAUUAUGGGAAUUUACUGCAAUAAUUGCUAAAUGGCAAGGUUGAAAAAAAAACAAAAAAAAAAAAAAACACCAAACACUCUCUCUCUCUCUCUCUCUCUCUCUCUCUCUCUCUCUCUCUCUCUCUCUCUCUCUCUCUCUCUCUCUCUCUCUCUCUCUCUCUCUCUCUCUCUCUCUCUCUCUCUCUCUCUCUCUCUCUCUCUCUCUCUCUCUCUCUCUCUCUCUCUCUCUCUCUCUCUCUCUCUCUCUCUCUCUCUCUCUCUCUCUCUCUCUCUCUCUCUCUCUCUCUCUCUCUCUCUCUCUCUCUCUCUCUCUCUCUCUCUCUCUCUCUCUCUCUCUCUCUCUCUCUCUCUCUCUCUCUCUCUCUCUCUCUCUCUCUCUCUCUCUCUCUUCUCUCUCUCUCUCUCUCUCUCUCUCUCUCUCUCUCUCUCUCUCUCUCUCUCUCUCUCUCUCUCUCUCUCUCUCUCUCUCUCUCUCUCUCUCUCUCUCUCUCUCUCUCUCUCUCUCUCUCUCUCUCUCUCUCUCUCUCUCUCUCUCUCUCUCUCUCUCUCUCUCUCUCUCUCUCUCUCUCUCUCUCUCUCUCUCUCUCUCUCUCUCUCUCUCUCCUAGGAGUCCCCUGAUUUUUGUCAAACUGCCCAUAUGUUUAGCAUGUACCAUCUAUAAUGGUCAUGGUUCUAAGGAAAGGAGAACAUGUGCAGGUUUUUAUUUUAUUUUUCACAUGUCGCAAAUAUAUAUCUGUUAAAUAUAGGGGACAUUGAAGUGUCAAUAAAAAAAAAAUUGGACUUGUUUAGGAUUAGUUACUUUGUUAAUGACAAAACCUUUUGCCCGAAUAUGUUUUCCAUCUUAUCGGACACCUCUUGUAGUGUUUUGUUUAAUUUUUUUGUCAUUACUUGAAAAUGUCUUCCAAUUGUUCUGUGCUCUUAUAUUUUCCAGUAAUGAUUCCGUGUCAUGUUUUCACAGAGUGACAAUGAUCUGGAGAAAUCAUUUUCUCCUAAACGAAUAGAUUUUGUCCCAGUGUCCCCAGCGCCUUCUCCCACUAGAGGAAUUGGAAAGGUAAUAAUAUCAACAGUUCAGCACUAAUACAGCAAUAUAAUCUGGGGGAUCUUUUUUUGCUGCCGUUAUAAGAUUCUACGGCUGCUUUUUUAUGCUGAUAGCUUUAUUAAACAGAAGAAUUAAAUUUAGAAAUCCCUUUGUAGUGCGUUUUAAGGCAUUUGAUUGUUUAAUCCUCAGGAUUUAUGGGCAGCUGAAUGGCAGGAUGGCAAGGCAUAACAUGUAAUAUGUGACAUGUAACCCAUCAGAUAGCCACAGGUGAUAUGGUAUGCAUCACGUGUCCCAGAUGUAGAUGUACAUGGCCCUCUGCACCCACAUUUGAAACUAGUCAAACUGAAGCCAAUAAGGUAGCUCAGAUCAGCUAAUGGGAAUUCCUGCUUAGGAACUUGCUCUUUGGUGGUAGAGUAGUGGAGGUGGAAGCUGCGCCCAAAGGUCCCUGUAUUCCUGACCCAAUAGCGAAAACCACCAUUUAGGUGGCUUGCACCCCGCCCAUUACCCCCUCAAAAUGUGUUAAAACUCACCUUAUUUUCAGCUCCCCAUGGGUCUGCACGCACUGGCCUGUCCCCUUGGUGACAUCAUCAGAAUUGCUGAUUUUUAGCCAACCCAGUGCUUUCCCAUAGAGAAAGCAUUGGAUUGGCUAAAAUCGGCAAGGGGGUGGGGCCAAACGCUGUUUAGGCCAGUCAGCACCUCCUCAUAGAGAUGCAUUGAAUCAAUGCAUCUCUAUGAAGAAAAUUCAGCAUCCCCAUGCAGAGUGUGGGGACGUUGAAUGGCAGAGCUGCCUACUGUGCAGCACUGAGACAGGAAGCCCCUAUAGUGGCCAUCUGGGAAGUGCCAACUUGGAGGAGUCCCUAGGGGAAAUGUAAAAACUGCCUUUUCUCUGAAAAGACUGUGUUUGCAUUAAAAUGCCUGAAGGUAAUGAUUCUACUCACCAGAACAACUACAUUAAUCUGUAGUUGUUCUGGUGACUAUACUGUCCCUUUAAGAUUUCAAACUAAUUAGGGGGUUUUGACCUGGAACUCAUGGCACCAUAACCAUCCUCCUCGUAAUUAGCCAAACUAUGUUCUUGAAACUUUCUGUAACCUGAGCAGGGACUGUUUUCUACAGGUUACUCAGGACAUUGUAAGACCUGCAAGUCCCAUCUCAGGAAAGGCACAAAGAUUAGUCCGCAAAACCUCCUUGACUGCUUCUUAGAAAUAUUUAUAUGUUUUUUGUUUUUGCUUUAUAUUUCCACAAAAUAACUUUUUAAAGUUUCAGUUAAAGUCAGAAAAUAGUUUUUUCCUUUUUGCUAAUAGUUUUACCUUAGAACUUGUAGAAGAAUGCAUUUAUGUACAAGUUGCAUUCCAUUACAAUAAAAGGACAUAUCUCUAUAUUGUUUAUGAUAGUGUCAACACACUAUCUCCCUCUAUUUGUACCUCUAAUAGAAGAACAUCAAUACAUUUUGAUUAUUGAAUUAAAAUUGAUUUCCCUGAUCUCACACAAACAUUUUGUUGUACAUCAUAAAUUAACUGCUACUAACAAGUAUUCUUGCCCAGCAAUAGUUUUGGUGAACAAGCAGUGUUCCACUAUUUUCAUUACUCUUAGGGUUUGAAUUAUAUGCUUAUAGAGGAGAAAUCUUCCACAAAAUCAUUAGAUGCAUCCCCAUCAAUGAGAUUGCAGAUAGAUAGUAUAAUAGAUUAAAAAUUAGAUCAUAGAAUAUUUUAUUUUAGCAACGCUGUACUUUUACAUUUGUUGCAUUUAAGAUUAAAGGGUUACUCCAACAAAAGUGUUUCCUUAAAACACCAUUAACCCUUGCUUGCUUUCCCUUUUAAACAAAAAAACUGUGAUCCCAUGCCAAGUUCUCCAUGUAGCAUGAGUGCUGAGUUAGGUGACGUCACUCCCAAUCUCUGCAGGGAAAGGGACGUCCCUGAGGCUGGGCGAAGAGAGAACUUGGAGCAAAGGGGGGCUGGCUCGGCGUUGCCACAACUAGCUAUGCGUGUUCACCACACAUUUUUUAUGUCCAGAAUUGACAUAAACAGAGAGUUUUGGGCUGCUAAUGAUGCUGCUGCAGCAACACUAAAUAACACUCUAUGUGCAGUGUUUCUUCCGAAAAUGCUGCACAUCCAGACUCCAAACACCCUGACCUCUGUAAAUCAUUGAUGUGGUCAUAGUGCUCCUUUUUAAUACAAAAGCAAAAAUCAGACUUCCCACAUGAGUAUACAAUGAUGACCUGAGAAUAACUUGGAUAUUUGGUUUCUCCCUAGCAAUGUUUUUCGCCAUCAUUACAAAUUUUCGUCAGCAGUAAUGGAUUGCCUCCUAGCCCCACUCCAAGUCCAACAAGACGUUUUGCAAAGUAAGUAUUAAAUCAGUGCCUUCACAUAAUAUUACAUUUUUUUUAUUUAGAAUAAAUCUUCAAUAACACUCACUCAUGCAACUAAUCAAAAUGUAUUUAGUAAUUGAAAAUGCAUUUCAUAUUUAACUUUUUUUUUUUUUCUCCCACUUUUCAACAUCUUCAUUUACAUUAAUGAAACAUGCAAACAUUCUUGCCAUUACUGGAGUGUCCGUGCGCGCAUUAGACCUCCCCAUAGGAAAGCAUUAUUCAAUAAUUUCCUAUGGACGUCCAGCGUGAGAUAACGGACCGAAAGUCCAUUUCGAAUCCAGAAGCCCUCUAGUGGCUGUCUGGUAGAGAGCCACUGGGGGCAGAUUUAGAGCUGCAGUGUAAACAUUGCAGUUCUCUUGAACUGCAAUCUUUAACAUUGCAGCACUGAGUGCAAAAGGGACACAGCACCCAGACCACCUCAAUGAGCAGACGUGGUCUGGGUGCCUAUAGUGUCCCUUUAAUCCUAAUUUUUCAGACCCUGUGUAAAAUAUUGCAAGAUACAGUCUAAAGCUUUUAUUGUCCAUAUUCUUACAAGAAAAUGACCAAAUAAAUGAAAAAGAAAAAAUAGUGAAAAUGUAUAUUCUUUUAAUUCUUAUGCUUUACUUUGCAUCAAAUUGGUGUUUUAUCAUACAUGUUUUAUUAUCAUUAUUAUUAAUAUUAUUUUUGCAGUGCAUAAGUUAAAUACAUACAGGCCUGAGGUACCCCAACGGCAUUCCUCUGGCUAAGUAUCACGUAGUACAAUUGGGUUUUCAAUAAGACAUGCACAAUUUAGUAAUUUUAUAAUCAGGAGGGUUAAUCAGAGGAGAGACAGAAGAAUAAACAGAUGAAAUAAAGGCUGGAGCGACUGAUUAAAUGACUAUGUGAUGGGUAAGAUGAUUAGAGAGUAUGCUAAACAACUUAUAAGUACCGCUGAAUACUGCAUUAGAGUAGGUAGUGUAGGCAUGGAGUAAUCUAACUCUGUGGUGCCAGGCAGCUAGGGUGUCCUUUAGGAACUUUCAGCCCACUCCACAUAGAGGCUUUGGGGGAGAGUCCUUCUCCAUGGUAAGCAUAGUCUGUAGGAGAGUAGCCAUGUAGUGUCUGGGGAUGGCUUCCCUCCAGCCCUGGAUCAUUGUAGGGGCCAAAACCACUGGGCCACGGACUCGGGAGUUCUGUAAGUCCAAGUCCUUCCCUUGAGUGGGAUUGCGUGAGGUCCUGAUGGUGCGAUGCCGGUGAGCCUCCGCUUAUGUGGACUGUGCAUCCUGGAUUGACCCCUGGUGGCCCUCAAUCCAGGAGGGCAUUCUCUGAGGGAGACAGGAGUGUGCUCGAAGGGGGCCUUCUCCGCUUUUUUCCAGUUCUUCUUUCCAGGCUCUGCGGGUAAGUAGGUAGGAGUUGUGAUGCGUACCCUUAGUUUGGCCCAGAACUUGGCAAAUAUAGCCUCCAGCGAGGGCCUCCGGGGCUGUCUGUCUGUUGCUGCAUUGGGUCGCUGGGUUCAGGCUUGGGCGGCAGCUUCGCUGAAGAGGCUGGUAAUUUCCUCCAUGCCUUGACUGUCUCCCCUGAGCUCCGUCUGUGGUAGGCCGCAGAUCUCUGUUGCAGGCUCUCCGUCAUGGAGUAGUCAAAGAGUAGUCGUUCGGUUCAGCAGGUCUCCCCCGGGUGAUAGGGGCACAAGUAGACCUGUUCAAGCUGAGUGCCUGGGUGGAUCUCCCUGUUUGUAGCUGAAAAUGCGGGGGCCUGCUUACCACGCGUCCGCUCGUCGGUGGUGGUGUAGAUGUACAGAUUGUUUCAAAUAAAUUGUAUGCUAAAAAUAUUGCAAACAAAAUGUGUUUGGAAGUGAAUGGGUUAAUAGUCCUUGUAUCAAUAUGAAAUGCAAUAUUGUAUAGUAGAUAUGGUGUGCUUCAUUUAUCCUUCAUAGUAGAUAUUGUGUACUUCAUGUAUAGCUCUAAGGACAUUUGGUAGAAUGCAGAAUUCACAUUUGAAUGUAUAGUUAACAUUAAAGCAACUCUGUCAUUUUUACUUAUUUAUUGUUUAAAUGUAUUUAAUCAUAUUGUGUUGAAUAUCCCCCUUGUCAGCCCAGUGUUUUAUUUAUUUUUUCAAAAUGACGAUUAUUUUUUUACAAAUAAGGAAAAAUACAGACUACUUUUCCUUAUGUAUAACCUGCAGGUUAACAAAUGUUGACAAGGGCUGGAGCAUUAAUCAACUUUCACGUCCUUCGUCACUUUUGUCAUUGACUGACCACUUAGCACUGCUAGCUUUGAUUUACAGUGUCUUUCUAUUUUAGCAGGAGGAGUCAGAGUCCCAUUAACUGCAUUCGACCUAGUUCACUUGGACCUCUUAAACGAAAAGGUAGGACUAGCUAUUUUCCUUCACCAACAAGUUCCUUAUCUUUCACUCUGCAGAUCCUACUGAGAAACAAAAGACUUCUGUUUCCCUGUGUGUACUGAUCAGAACAUUUUUUUUUUUAAAGGUGACAUGGAGAUUGAAAGUCAGCCAAAGAGACUUUUCCAAGGAACUACAAACAUCCUUUCACCAGAUGUUGCUCACUUAUCAGAGUUGGGUGCUUGGUAAGUGUCUUCUGUCAAUGUCAUGCACAACUGUCUAAUGUUGCAUAUAGAAAUGAUUUUAUAUUUUUAUAUUACAAUGCCAAUUCAACAUUUUAUAGGUUUUGGCCAAAUCACCAUAACAUAGUGGGUGUUUUUAUGAUAUUUAUGAUAUUUUUAUUUGUUAAAGAGUCCUCUUCUAAACUGGAAGUUGUCAUAAAUUGAUAAAAUGUAAAUUUGAGAAAAUUUCUAAUAGAAGCUAUUUUGGUCUAAACGUUGUAUUGUUGGAUUCAUAGAGAGAAUUUUCACGUAGAACAAAAAAAGAGGACUUACUAGUUCAUAUACUGAGAUUAGUAUUCGUUGAAUAUUAUUAGUACAGGCAGAACUUUGUAGCUUUCAGAAAUGUUUGACAACUUACCUGGUUUCUCCAGAAGAAGUCAAAUGUCUUCAUUGAGCAAUGGAGGUCCAAUACAGGAACCUGUUUAUUGGCUGACAUUGUCAGCCAAGGAGAGCCCCUGGUUAGCUCAGUGGAGGAAGCCAGAUACACCUACAACAUACACAAAGAAUCCAGAAAGUAGGACUUCAGUCAUGGGUGGUAGGACCGAGGUACAUUGUCAAACCAUUCUGAAAUAGUUUGAAAGAUUACUCUGAAAGGGGUUCCAGGGCACCAUAACCACUACAACAGGCAGAAAUGUUUAUGGUGCAUGAAGAGUUCAAAAUGUUUAAUUUUAUUUUUUGGUGUUUCGGGUUUGUUAUUUGUACCUCUUUAUAGAUUACAGCUUUACUAUUGGCAUAGUAACAUAGACCAUCUUAAAUGUAUAUUACUUUACAAAUGAAUAUUUGUAAACUAGAAUAACAGAAAUAGUUGUACUGAAUAAUUAUUGUACGGGAUCAAACGAUACAUUUCUUAUAUAUAUUUUUGAUCCAGAUCUGACCAUAUAAUAAGAUAUAAAACAAUAAUGCAUUUUCUUUUUAUUCCUUGUUUCUGCAGCCUGUCUUCCGAAACUCUGGAUUGCAGUAGCAGCAGCCUCAGUUCUUCAUGCGAGUCUCCUGCUAAAACCCUCGUCAACGAAUCUCCACCGUCAUCCGACUCCUGCUCGCUCUUCAUGCCAGUUGACCAUCAUUUGCCUAAGUGAGCGAGCUACUCCGCAGUUAUUUUUCUCCCUUCGACAUACAAAAACAUGGACUUGUAAACCAAUAAAUAUUUCUGUUGAGCUAUUACACAUAACCUCUCUAGGAAAAUCCUGAAUUUCUGCAUGUCACAAUUUGCUGAAAUGUUCUUUGGCCAUUUCUUCAGUGAGAUGCAUUAACCGAGCUGAUAAUUUAAUCUUUUCCAAAGUGUUAUGUGGUGACAUCGCAAACCAUGCCAUGUUUAAGCUGCUGGCAACCUUUGCCCCUGCACUAAAACAAAGAUCUAUUUAUUUAUAGGGGCAGUUCCUGAAAAGCUGUCAUACUGUAAUAUAUUACUACUGUUGGAUUCUCCUGUUCAGAAGCCUGUAUUUUAGUAUUUGUAUCAUUUGAGUCUCUUGAAGUUGUGACCUGGAUAACAAUUUUUGAAAAUUGCUUGAAUUCUGUUUUUAAUAAAAUUACCCACAUGGCACAUCAGAUUCUUAAUUUGGAGGGAAGCAGGGGGGGGCAAG